AUGGUGGCCCUCACGCCCAACGCGGUCCAGAUGCUCCACACGCGGCAGAGCCCGGAUGGCUUUGAGCCGUGGCUCCAGCUCAUCGACAUCAAGAAGAUCCCGUCGGCCUCGGGCAAGGGCGGCGACCGCUACCGCCUCGUGCUCUCGGACGGCCAGUUCUACAUGAGCGGGAUGCUCUCGUCGCAGCUUUCGAUGGUGACUGAAGAUGGCACGCUGAGCAUCAACUGCUUCGUCAAGCUCAAGGACUACGUCGGCAACACGGUCCAAGGCCGCAAGAUUCUGAUUUUGCUUGGCCUUGGCGAGGUGCAGCCCGGCUACGAGCGUAUUGGCUCGCCCGAAAGCAUCGAGAAGGCGGGCGCGGCUCCGGUCCCGGCACCGACGUAUGCUGCGCCGACGUAUGCUGCACCCACGUAUGCGGCGCCGGCGGCACCGACGUAUGCUGCGCCGACGUAUGCUGCACCCACGUAUGCGGCGCCGGCGGCACCGACGUAUGCUGCACCGACGUACCAAGCGCCCGCGGCGGUGCAGCAGCCGUCGUACUUGCCGCAAGCGGCGCCGGCACCGACGAUGACGCGCAACCCGUACGCGGCGCCGGCCGUGAACAAGGCGCCGGUUGUGCGCGAGGACCCCAACAUGCGCAUCUCAGACAUUGCGUCGCUGAACCCGUACUCGGGCGGUCGGUGGACGAUCAAGGCGCGCGUCACGGCGCGGGCGCCCAUCAAGAACUGGACCAACGCGCGCGGCCAGGGCAAGCUCUGCAGCUUCGAUUUGCUCGAUGCCAAGGGCGGCGAGAUCCGCGCGACGCUCUUCAACGACGCAGUCGACGCGUUCUACGACCGGCUCGUGCCCAACGGCGUCUUUUUCUUCUCGGGCGGCAAGAUCAAGAUGGCCAACCGCAAGUACUCGGCCAUCAACAACGACUACGAAGUGACGUUCGAUGCGUCCUCGGACAUUGUCCCUGCCGGCGAAGACCAUGCGAUCCAGUCAGUGCAGUACAACUUCAAGCCGAUUACGUCGAUCGAGUCGGUCCCGCCCGAGUCGACGAUCGAUAUGAUUGGCAUCGUCAAGAGCGUGGCACCGUGCGCAGAGCUCACGUCCAAGGCGGGCAAGCAGCUGCAGAAGCGCGACUUUACCAUGGUCGACGACACGCUCGCUGAGAUCAAGGUGACGCUCUGGAACGAGCGCGCGCAGGACCCGACCUGCGACACGUGGGUCGACCAAGUGCUCGCGAUCAAGGGCUGCCGCGUCUCCGAGUUCAACGGCCGGUCGAUUGGCACCUUUAGCAGCACGGGCUUUGUGCUCAACCCGCCGCUGCCCGAGUCGGCGCGCCUUCUCAACUGGUACCGUGGCGGCGGCGCGUCGACUGCGACCAAGUCGCUCAGCGUCGGUGGCGGCGGCGUCAGCGCGGGCAUGGGCACGUUUGACCAGCGCUCGGUGGUGACGGACAUCAAGGACCGCCGCCUCGGGUACGGCCAAAAGCCCGACUACAUUACGCUCAAGGGCGCCGUGAGCUACAUCAAGCACGAUGCGAAUGUGAGCUACCAAGCGUGUCCCAAGUGCCAGAAGAAGGUCGUCCAAGACGCGGCGGGCAACUACAGCUGCGAAAAGUGCCAGGCGUCGCUGCCGACUUGCGAGAACCGGUACAUUCUCUCGCUUGUGCUCCAAGACUGCGCCGGUAGCACGUGGGCGUCGGCGUUCAACGACCAGGGCAAGAUCAUCAUGCAGGGCAAGACGGCCGACGAGCUCUUUGAGCUCAAGGACGCCAACGUGAGCUUGUACGAAGCUCACUUCAAGGCUGCGCUCUUCAAGACGUACCUCUUCCGCGUGCGCUGCAAGGCCGAGCCGCACAUGGACGACCUCCGCGUCAAGUCGCAGAUUGUCAACCUCGAGCCGCUCAACUAUGUGCAAGAGUCGGCCGAGCUCCUCGACGCGAUCGCCAAGUACAACUAA